AUGGUGCUGGCAACUCUUCUUGCAGCCUCUGCCUGGGCCGUGGCUGCCGAGCCCGCUGAAUCGCUUGUUGAAUGGGUGGUCGGUGCCAGGGAUGCUGAUUGCGAGACAGUGUGUGCUGGUCUCGAUUCCGAGUGUGAUGAGGGUUCGUGGCCAAGUAGCCCGCAAGACUGGGAAGCGAUAGCAAGCUCCACAUCAGGACUACUUUGCGUGGCUUCGGCUCCUGGAGGUUGGCUACACAACCCGUCGAUCUGCACAGAGGGAGGCCCAGCGCCCGGGGUCUGCUUCUGGGACGGUGGAGGCGCACCGCGCUGCCGUGGCGGAAUGGGCGAGUUCCCGUCCAUUGUGGCCCGGAGGAUUUGCCCGUGCCGGCACAAAGAGGCCAAGGAGGAUAGCGCUGCCGCAGUGAUGUCACUUUUGAAUGCUGCAGCUGGCAGCUGA